AUGCAUCAAGCUAUCGAGACCGACGACUUCAUCAGGAGCUAUCCCACCACCGCAAAGUCGUCGCUGGAGCGCGGAACAUGUAUGCUAGAAGAGCUGAUCACGCAAGUUCACGGAUCUAACAUCGCGCAAGCCCGGAAGAGAAGAUUCAUCACAGAGUCUCAAAGCUACAUCGACAUGAUCAAGCCCGGAGAAGACGUUAUGCCCAUCUCAGCAAAAGAGUAUGAGCUGCGCAUCCAGCAGUCAACUCCGAACUGGGAGAACAACCUCAUAAUAUGCACCUCAACAGAAGCACGCGACUUACUCCAGCGCUUGACCCUCCAGAUUCCCCUCCUCAUCCCCUCCGAGCUGAACAAUAGCCCCACGCCCCGCACGCUCUACUCCGCCGAACACUAUGAAGCUGUCCUUAAAUUCCGCAAACACGCCUCAGCCGAGCCCUACAUGGACGUCCAAGACCUCACAUCCAAAAACAUAACCCGCCGGCUCACCAUCUCCACCGCCCUAAAACGCAUGUCCGACCCAACCGCCCUCCCAAUAAACCUCCUCGACAUCCGACCCGUACGUCGAAACGUAUUACCCUGGGAGCUCGACAAUCUCACCGACUACAGCAUUCUCUCCGAAGCGACGGAAUACGGUGGCAUGUCCAACCACUCGGACCCGAACCCCAGCGAUCUCUCUAGUAAAACUGGUUUCGCGCUCUGGGGCAAACGAGGCGUAUGGUCUUUCCCUCACGUUGACGAACAUGGCUUGUACACCGGCGUGUUGUGUGAGACUGGCUCGAAACUAUGGUUUACGUGGUCGCUUUCUCCCUCUGAACGCGAGGAAUGGGCUGUAUCGCGACAAGCAGGUCUUCAGUAUGCGCCCAACAAACCCGGCUUCCCUAUUUACCUCAAAAAAGGGGAUUUACUAAUCAUGCCACCAGGGAUGGUGCACGCGCCGCUGAGUCUGGAGGAUGUGAUUAUGCAUGGGUUUCAUGUGUGGUGUAGCAAGACGAUGGUGGAGACGGCGAGGAGUGCGUUGUUGGAUUUGAGGUUUCCGAUGUGUACGAAUGAGGAGCCUAGGAGGGAGUUGAGGGGGAAGUUGAUGCACUUGGUUAGGGCGAGUAAGGCGAGGUUGGGGCCUUAUACGUGGGGUGAUCAUGGGGAGUUUGCGGAGUUGGUGGGAAGGAUUUUGGUGGUGUUGGAGGGGUUGGAGAGGAAGGAGCGACUGUCGUGA